AUGGCAUUCGGCCAUGCCUCAGAGCUGAAACAGCAAGGCGUCCUAGAGGCAUCCCGCAGCCCCAACAACAACAUUUCCGCCGAAGAUGCCGAGCGCGCUGUCAUUGACGAAGCUCAGAGAAGCGGAAGUGCAGCGUUUCAAUUCGACCCUAAUGCUACUGCUGAGGAGAAAGCUCGGCAAGCUCAUGCGCGCGUCCCGCCUGGCUUCCACCAUGAGCGCAAGCCGAAAGCCCUGGCGCUGGCCUCCGACGUCGACACUGGUACUGGACCCGACUAUGAUCUUCCUCCGCCGAUGAAGCCUACCGUCCUUGCCCCAGACAACACCAAAGACCCAAAGGCUGCCCAAGCCAAUGGCGCGCCUCCGGAAGAAGACUCGCGCUGGGACAGAGUCGGCUGGGCUCCACGAUUCGGCAUGGGCGACGGCGCGGAAGAAGACGAUGGGACUACUAUGCUCGAUCACCAGACCUGGCUGGAGGGAAAGCUUGACGACAAAUUCUACGGCGACUGGUACCACAACACGGGCAUCGUCAUCUUCGCGUGCAUUAGCGCUUGGGUGAUAGGUAUAUUAGGAGGCGGCCUUGGAUGGCUAUUCGCGAUACUGGCGACCUGCGCUACCUACUAUCGCACCUCCAUCCGUCGUGUCCGCCGUAACUUCCGAGACGACGUCAAUCGCCAAAUGGGCAAAGCCAAGUUGGAGACCGAUACGGAAAGUCUAGAGUGGAUCAAUAGCUUCCUGGUCAAGUUCUGGCCGAUUUAUGCGCCUGUGCUAUGCGAGACCAUCGUCAACUCCGUAGAUCAGGUUCUGUCUACCUCGACACCGGCUUUCCUAGAUUCGCUCCGGAUGAAAACCUUCGUCCUCGGCACGAAGCCGCCAAGGCUAGAACAUGUGAAGACAUACCCAAAAGCCCAGGACGACAUCGUACUCAUGGAUUGGAGAUUCAGUUUUACACCCAAUGACGUGGCAGACCUCACAGCUCGCCAGAUCAAGAACAAGAUCAACCCGAAAAUUGUUCUGGAAGUCCGUGUCGGUAAAGGUGUGGUCAGCAAGGGUCUCGAUGUCAUAGUCGAGGACAUGGCGUUCUCGGGCCUCAUGCGCGUCAAGGUCAAGCUGCAAAUACCGUUCCCGCACAUCGAAAGGGCCGAGAUCUGCUUCAUAGAGCGCCCCACCAUCGACUAUGUCUGCAAACCGCUUGGAGGCGACAUGUUCGGCUUCGACAUCAACUUCAUUCCUGGGUUGGAGUCGUUCAUCAUGGAGCAGGUUCAUGCUAAUCUUGGUCCGAUGAUGUAUGACCCCAACGUAUUCCCUAUUGAGAUCGCAAAGAUGCUUGCUGGAAACCCCGUGGACCAGGCCAUUGGAGUGCUCCAGGUCACUUUCCAUGGCGCGCAAGGCCUCAAGAAUCCGGAUAAGUUUUCAGGCACUCCAGAUCCCUAUGCGGUUGUGUCAAUCAACGGGCGUACAGAACUCGGCAGGACGAAGACAGUGCAUGAGAACGCCAACCCACGGUGGUCUGAAACCGUUAACGUCAUUCUUACUUCUCUCAAGGACUCUCUCACCAUCCAAAUCUACGACUUCAACGAGUAUCGCAAAGACAAGGAACUCGGCACUGCUACUUUCGCCUUGGAGCAGCUUGAAACUGAUAGCGAUCACGAGAAUCAGCAGCUUGUUGUCAUGGCCAAUGGCAGAGAAAGAGGCGUAGUCCAAGCAGACAUCCGAUUAUUCCCCGUUCUAGAGGGCGGCAAGCUCGAAGAUGGUACAGAGGCACCACCUCCUGAGUCACUGACUGGUAUCGCGAAGUUCACCGUGGAGCAAGCCAAGGAUCUCGAUGGUAGUCAAAGCAUGAUCGGGCAACUCAACCCAUACGCUGUCCUACUUCUCAAUGGAAAGGAGGUCCACACUUCUCAAAAGCUCAAGCGUACCAACAACCCGAUCUGGCCAAACGCCUCUAAAGAGAUGCUUAUCACAGAUCGGAAGAGGGCCAAGUUGGGUCUUGUCAUCAAGGACGACCGAGACAUUGCGAAAGAUCCAAUCAUCGGGACAUACCAAAUCAAGCUGGACGACAUGAUUGAGAUGAUGGCCAGAGGACAAGAAUGGUACAACUUGGCUCAGACGAAGUCCGGUCGUGUCAAGAUGACGCUGCAGUGGAAGCCUGUCGCGUUGAAGGGAGUUGUUGGCGGUGCUGGUGGCUACGUUACACCUAUUGGAGUAAUGCGCUUACAUUUUCGAAACGCCCGCAACCUACCUAAUGUCGAAACCAUGGGCAAGUCAGAUCCCUAUGUCCGAGUGGUGAUGGCCGGCAUCGAGAAAGGCCGUACCGUCACCUGGAAGAACAACCUCAAUCCAGACUUCGAUGAGGUCAUCUACGUACCUAUUCACUCCACACGCGAAAAGCUCAUGCUUGAGGUUAUGGAUUCGGAAAACGUUGGCAAAGACCGGUCGCUCGGUCAUGUUGAAGUCGCUGUCGCGGAGUAUAUCCGCCAGGGUGAAAAUGGUGAAUACCAAGUGCACGACGAGAAAAGGCCACUGUCUCAGUCGCUCUCUACCGGACCACGAACCUCCUCAAAGGGCACUUUGAACUUCACAUGUGCCUUCUACCCGACUCUGAACGUCGCAGACCCCGAUGAUGACGAGGAAGAGAGGCAAGCAAGCACAGAGCUGAAAGAAACAGUAGCUGCUACUAGUAGCAGUAGUAGCAGCAGCUCUGGUCGGCGCAGUCCUGACCACAAUCGAACCGUUAGUCGAGGCACAGUGAGUUCUGUCCGCACUAACGGAACCGCAAACAGUGAUCUCGCGAAGAUCCUUGACCGCAGUGAGCAGCAAGACCAGGUCGCCGCUGGCCUGACAAAGAAAGAGGCGCCCAAGAUCAGGCUUACGGCAAAUGAUCUUCAAGAACAUCAAUCUGGUAUCAUUAUCUUCAAGCUCAUUGAUGGCGAUCUUGCGCACACGGACUGCCACCUCGAAGUCCUCAUGGACGACAUGGUCUUCCCGUCCUACACGUCGAGCAAGGUGCGGUCGAAGCAUACUACAUUUAACGAAACUGGCGAUGCUAUGGUUCGAGAGCUGGAUUUCUCCGAGAUCACCUUACGGCUUGUCGAACAGGCGGAUAAGAAGGGUGAGGGCAAUGACGACCAUGUCAUCGCUAAGCUGAAGGGGCCUACUCUUGACACUCUCCGACGCUGUUUAUACACGCCAACGCAACUCAGCCUCAGAGACAAAGAAGGCCGCGAAUCCCGCAUCACCGUUUCGCUUAAGUAUCUUCCCGUCCGUAUGGAGCUUGAUCCUAGCGAGUCCUUCAACAACUCUGGCACGCUCAGAGUAGAUGUUCUUGAUGCUGCCGACCUUCCGGCUGCCGACCGCAACGGCUACAGCGACCCAUACUGUAAAUUCUUCCUCGAUGGCAAGGAGGUGUACAAGACAGCUACUCAGAAGAAGACACUCCAUCCUGCCUGGAACGAGUUCUUCGAGGUUCAGGUCCGCAGCCGCACGUCCGCCGACUUCAACGUAACCAUCUACGAUUACGACUUCGGUGACAAAGCCGACCUCCUCGGCAAAGCAGCCAUCAACCUCGCGAUCCUCGAGCCCUUCGUCAGCCAAGAAGUGACUCUCGGCCUGGACGGUAAAUCCGGCGCCGUCCGCCUCCGCAUGCUAUUCAAAUCCGACUACGUCACACGCGCCCGCCAAGGCUCUUCAACCUUUCACGGCACCUUCGCCGUGCCAGGCAAAGUCAUCGGCGCGCCCGUCAAGGGCGUGAGUAAAGGUGCCGUGCUCGUCGGCGGAAACGUCGCACGUGGCGCCUCCUUCCUAGGCCGUGGUUUCCGCCGGCGCAAAAACAGCCGCGGCGCCGAAGACGACACCGACGCAGACGGCUCAGCCGACACCACGAUCGUAAAUUCGGGACCAGGUGUGCCCCAGAUCUCCGUCGUGGAUGGCGACAACCGGCCCCUGACAUCCCCCGGCACAGUCACUCCACCCAACAACACCGGCAACGCCCACCAGCGCGCCCGCAGCUGGGGCACCCAGUCCAUGGCCAGCGCUGUAGGCGGCUACUCCCCCGCCGCGGAAUCCGGCACCGCGCAGCUCAGCCUCGCCACAGUAGCUGGCUUCCCGCCCGGCACAAAGCUCCGCGUGCACAUCCGCAUGGAGCCGAAGGGGAAGGAGGUCUACAAGUCCGCGGCCAUCAAGGCGCCCGCGGGGGAGGCGCAGUUCAACGAGAGCUUCACGGUGAAAUGUGCGGCGGAUGCGCAGUUCAGGAUUGUGGUCAAGGAUCACUCGACGUUUGGCGCGGACGAUGAGUUGGGCGAGGGAGUGUUUUUCGUGGAUGAUCAGGGGGCAGGCGGCGAGAAGGUCGUGGGUGUCGGACCGGGGAAGGUGGUGGUUAGGAGCUCGUUUGUCCCGGCGGAUGCGGGCAGUGCGGUCAAUAGCCCGAAGAGUGGGCGGAGGGGGGUUUUUGGGGGGAAGGGGAGGGAGAGUAGGGAAAGGGAGAGGAGUGUGACUCCUGCGUAG